AGUAGUGUGUAGCAACCAGACUUUUACCACGGACAGGCUCACGCGCAACAAGAUUACCGUGAGAGCUUUGAUUACAUGAUCAAAUUCAGACAUUUGUACUACUUUGAUUUUUAACCAAAAAAAAAAAAAAAGUAGAAAUCUUACAAUGAACACUUCACAUGCCACUGUAUACAACAUGACUUACACUAAAAAUACUGCAAGUAUGAAAUUCUGGGAGUUACAGAAACUAUGCUGAUCGUGUUAAUUAUCUCUGUAAAAUUUUUAUUUUCGCCAAACUAGAAUAUUGUGGAAAGUUCCACCAGCUGAAAGUGACAUCAAUUACACAAGCUAUCACUAAAAAAUCCCAAUUACAUUUACGUGGCCUACAAAAAUGAUCUUGAGAGGGUUUUAUGUUGUUCAUUCCUACUUGUUCUCCGUAUGCCUUUUUUUUUGUUUUGUUUUUCUUGCUCACUACACUUGCCAAUUAAGCAUGGUUUUCAAACACACCUUCUCGAGUUGGGUAGUUUUUUUUUUUUUUUCGGAUCUUGGUUUGAUUCUCUGUUUUUUUUGUUAAUUAUGCAUCUUUUCAGUGUUACAAAUGCAGUGAUUGGCGAAAAAAAAACUUGUUCAAGAUACGAGUCUUACCUGACAAUUAGAAACAAUGAUGUAGAUUUUUUGAAAAAAAAUAUCAUCCCUACGAAUUUGUGUGGAUAUGCAAUUAGUGACUCAAUCACGGCCUUACUUCAAGCUGAUCAGGCUCUUCUGUCAAUAAUGUUGACUUUCACGUAAUGAAUUAUAGGUAGUCACAUAAAGAACAAGCACACAAGAUGAGAAGUUUUAGCUUACGUGCUACAUAUACUAUUGUCCAUUCUUUCGCCUUACAGUAACGGUGCCUAGACUUUUGGCUUCUUUUUUAAUAUCCUUUUUUUUUUUUUUUAUGCAUAUAUUUUUUUCUUUUGAAAUUCCGCCAGUCAGUGUAAACCAGCAUACUUGGGUAAAUAAAUAAAAAAAAAG